GACUCAGUCAGCAAGGCAACCCCUUGAGUGACAGUCCUAUCAUAUAGCUGGAAAGAAAACCUGUUUGGAACAGAAGAAAUCUCUUUUGGAAAAAGAAAGUUGUGUUUUAAAAGGAAGCCAAUGAUGGAAGAUGUUGAACAGAACCCAUUGGAUGAUGGGUAAGCAUGAGGGAACAGAAAUAUCAGCUUUAGAAGCCAUAAAACAGAAUCUCAGGUACCUGAAUGCAGACCUUGAAAAAGAUCUACAGAGGCUGGAUGAGGCCAAUCAGAUUCUUCUCAGAAGGAUUCAAAAGAAAGAAGAAUCUAUAAAAAGUCUUGAAAGAGAUAUUGCCCUGUCCGUAGGAAGAGCCCCAGAGAGGGAUGACUUCAAUGAGAUCAUAAUAAUGAAGGAGAGUGCCCUGAAGGAGCUGGAGCUGGAGACAGCAAAGCUGGAGAAAAAGAACAAGAACCUAAGCAGGAAUGUGAUGGAACUCCAGAAGAAGAUUUCAAGAGGACUUAAGAGUGCUGGCCCUGAACCAGAAACCCUGAAGAAGAAAAUAGCAGAAUUGAAGGUGAAACUACAAAAUUCAACUGAGUCCUGUGCACAACAAGAGAAGGAAAUAGCCAAGAUGGAGAGUGACUACCAAUCUGUCUAUCAGCUCUGUGAAGACCAGGCCCAUUACAUAAAGAAAUAUCAAGAAAUUCUGAGGGAGAUGAAGAAGGAACAGGAAGUGAUGCUGCUUGAGAAAGAAAUGUCCAAAGCCCAGAAGGACUCUUCCCAAGUAGUGAGACCUGGCUCAACCCUGGUCGAGACCAUUCAAAGCAACAUGGAGAAGAACAUCAUUAAGAAACAGAAGAGGAAGUUUUUGCUUAGGCACUUCCGGUACCUUUUCUUCGUGAUCAUGAUCGUCAUUCGGCUAGUGGGCUAUAUGUUUUUCCACCUGCAGUAUAUAAACCCCGACCUUCUCGUGGACACCCUGCCCGUGCUCAUGAGCAGAAGCAGCUUGAAGUGGCUAAGGGACAUACUGUUUCCCUUCCUCACUCUAGAGGUGGAUGAUGUGCUACCCCACUAGUAUGGGGUGACCUGCCAGGCCUCACAUUGCACCCCAAUGGAGGGGCUGUGGCUGUGGCCCUGCCCUGGUGGUGCGGGCCAGGAAGAACCUGAAAGCUUGUGACUCAGAGCUUCUGUGUGACAGCUGAGCUUUAUAUUUCAUUCUCUCUUGGAGUGUUUCUCUGCCAAAUACAGCAUGGAUUUUUACCAG